ACAGAGCAUCAAUGCUUUGGAUAGUGCUGCUCUCCUUGCUGGGCAUUGGUUACGCCUUCCAGGAUAAGGGACAACAGCAGCCAAGUCUGGUGCAGUCACGCAGCGAUAGUUUGCAACAGCAGCAGCAGCAGUCACAGCAGCUUGGAGGAAAUGGAGUUGGCAUAAAUGAGGAUUCUGGACGUGGCCUCGACUUUACCAAACACUUUGGGAGCGCCAACCAGAAGACUGUAACCAAACCAGAACAACAUCAGCACCAUUACUAUUAUAAUCCGGAAGGCAAAGAUAAUCCUCGACAGUUUUGGCCAGGAAUACCACCACGUCCACCCUAUAGUUCCUGGCCAUAUGGCUGGGGUCAUUGGGGUCCUGGCAGUCCUGGCUUUCCUGGUGGUCCUGGCGGUCCAGGUUUCCCUGGCGGUCCAGGUUUCCCUGGCGGCCCUGGCUUCCCCGGCGGUCCCGGCUUUCCUGGCUUCCCUGGUUAUCCUGGCUAUCCCGGUUAUCCUGGCUAUCCCGGUUACCCACGCUAUCCCUUCUUCCCUGGCUAUCCACCUUAUCUAUAUCCUGGCUUCCCGUUCUAUCGCUCAUCGGACAACGAGGGGGGAGAGGGCGAAGAGGGAGCUCUUCAAUCAGAGCUAUCAACUCACGCCAUUCCCGGCAGCUAUCAGGCACGCGUUUUGGCCUCCACGGGCAACCUCAUCCCUGGCAAAAGCAGCGGCAAUGUAUUGCCCCUCUAUCAGCUGCUCAAUGUGGCUAGACUCUAGGCUAUAUCUACAGCUGACAACUUCACUACACACUCACACUCACACUCACAA